UACGACGUCAAGAAGUUUGAGAAGGAGGUAACGGAUGUGGUAUUCAAUGCCAACGCGUCCAUCAAUUUCUACAUGUUUUUCGGCGGAACUAACUUUGGGUUUAUGAAUGGCGGCGAUGGGGAUAAGGGUCUGGUCACUAGUUAUGACUAUAAUGCACCAUUAUCUGAGUCAGGCAAUUAUACGGAUAAGUAUUGGAAAACAAAGGAAUUGAUUGAAAAGUUUAAUAAAGAGAGGGCUCAACCUAAGCUAUUAAUACCUAAACCCCCGACAUAUGUGGCGCCCGUAUCUUAUGGGAAACUCAAAGUUAAAGAUUACUUGAGUUUAGAGGACGUGUUGACCAAAAUCAAGCCAAUCGUCACCGAAAAGCCACAACACAUGGAGUUAUUAAAUAUUGGCACAUAUUAUGGUCAAAACUAUGGUUUCAUUCUCUAUAGACUCACAAACUUACAGAAGUUUAAGCAUUUAAAACUGACCGGUGGUGCCUCUGAUCGAGGAGUCAUACUCGUCGACCAUAAAGAGGUCGGUGUCGUCGAGGGUAAGAAAGACUAUAAUCAGGACUUAAAUGACACACAAUUUGCAAACACAACGACUCAUACGUUGGAUAUUAUGGUUGAAAACUGGGGACGUCUGAAGAUCGGCUCCAAUAUGAAUAUCGAUCGCAAGGGUCUUAAUGGAGACGUUGAUGUCGAUGCAAAAGUUGCCACAAAUUUCCAGACAUUUCCGCUUGAAUUCAAAGAACCAUUUGUUAAACAAUUGUCUGAAUUGAAGGGAAAACCUUUCGUUGAGGGCAUCAAAAGUCCAGCCGUUUAUCGGUUAGAAUUGGAUAUUAGAGACAGUCCUAAGGACACAUUCAUACGACUGGACGGUUGGUCGAAGGGAAAUGUAUUUAUCAACGAUUUCAAUAUAGGCCGGUAUUACCACAUUGGACCCCAGCAGACAUUGUAUAUCCCUGCACCCUUACUAAAAACGGGCAAAAAUGAUAUAUUAGUGUUUGAAUUGCAUUCAUCAACUGGUACGGUUGAAUUUGUUGAUACCCCACAUUUGGGAUAAUCCUUGAAAUAAAUACUAAACUAAA